CGUCCUGGUGUGUGCUGGAUUUUAAUUUCUUUGAGUCCUCUUGGUGUUUGUACCUGAGGUUGUCCAGUCAGGUGUUUGUGUUUGUCUCCAUCAGUCGAGUCAGCAGAGCCAGUCACCCUCCAGGAUCCUCAGAGGGAACCAAUCUGGCCUCAGAGAUCCUCCGCCGCUUCAGACUGCUGCAGAUGGAUCACACCUGGACCGAGUCCCUGUACGCCACGCUGCAGUUCCCCCACAGGUCUCAGAGGAGCUCUCUGUGGCUGGUGGACUCUGCAGGACUGAUCUCAGAGCAGAUUCCUCUGAACCCGUCUGACUUCUGUCCAUACAGCGCCACAGGAAGUGCCAUGGGGGGCGUGGUCUAUGCCAACUACGGCCGGCCCGAGGAUUUUAAUUGGCUGAAGAGUGCUGGCGUGUCUGUGGUUGGCUGUGUGGUGGUGAUGCGUGUUGGGGGCGGGGUCAGUUUUGCUGAGAAGGUGUGGUUGGCUGAGAGGAGCGGAGCGGGCGGAGCUUUGUUUUACCCUGACCCUGCUGACCUGCCACAGGACCCCCGACGCCUUGGCCUCAAUACACACACCGCCGUGUCUGAACAUGUCCACCUGGGGUCAGGUGACCCCUUCACUCCCGGCUUCCCCUCCUUCAACCACACUCAGUUCCCACCAGUCCAGUCCUCCGGCCUGCCGCUAAUCCCAGCCCUGCCAAUCAGCGCCACUGUAGCCGCAAAGCUGCUCAGCCAGCUGUCAGGUCCACCCUGUCCUCCGUCGUGGCGGGGUCGACUGCCGUAUGUGCGCUGUGUGGUCGGUCCAGAUUUCAGCUCUGGACACAGAGUCAAGAUGUCGGUUCACAACGUCAUGACCCCGGUCCUCCUGAACAACAUCUUCUCGUCUCUGGAGGGGCGAGGCGAGCCAG